CGAGCCUCGACCCAUCAGGACUGCCCCGGUCACAGUCGGAGAGUCGGCAGCGGGGGGUGGCUUUGCCUACGUACGACUGCCUGCCUGACUCCCUCGGAUGGUGUAAUAAUGCAGCGCAGACCGAAGCCUGAUCGAUCAGGAGCAGCAGCCCAAUCGCCGUGAGGGUUGUACAUACGUAUACACACAUAUCGGCGCAGGAAAGAAAUACGGAAUCCAUUGUUGUAUAUGACACGCCACACGGACACAAUGUGUGCAUGGGUGUUGGUUGAAAGGGAAGAGGAUGUGAUAUUCCGUGCCGAGGAGACGAACCGGCUUCUGGCUUGAUCCAGCGGGGCUACUGACCCGAAGACCAAGACGACGUCGGCGAGAAAGAAGGGGUGGAGGAGGCGACGACGAGGCCGAGAUGAGAGGGGACUCGCAGGCCUCGGCCGGGACGAGGAGGAGCCGGUCCGCGCGACUUCUCUUCGCGGCUGUUGUGGCCCUGAUGCUGCCGGCCCUUGGGCUCGGGGCACCGGAUCCGCCCUCGCCUGACCUCACCACUCCGCACGGCCUGGCGGAGCGAGGGACGAAAAAGUUCAGCGACGAGUGCCGAGAAGAUCGCGAGUGCGGCUUCGACGGCUCGUACUGCGACACCAAGAUCCGACAGUGCAUCUGCAGGGAUGAGUUCCCCGCCACCAACCACAUCGACAAAUGCGGACACGCGGCGAACAUCAACGAGUCGUGCUUCUUCACGGAACAGUGCGAGACGACAACGCCCCAGACGGAGUGCAGGGACGGGCGGUGCAUCUGCAUCUUCGAGAAGGUGCCCAUGCAAAACAAGGACGGCUCGUACCAGUGCGUCGCCGAGGUAAAGGAGCCACCGGAUCUGAGGUACGUGGACCCAGCGAUGAUCGGCAUCCUCGCGGGCAUGGCUCUGAUGUUCGUCAUCAUUUGCGUCGUUCUCAGGCUGUUCAGCAAGGCUCGUUGGAACGAUAACCGGACGAUCUUCAAUACGCCGAACGCGCGGCUGAUGAACGUCUCGCUGUUGCGGGACAACAAACUCUUGCACGGGCACGACAGGCGCGGCUCGCGGGCCAGUGUCAGGGCGCCCUCGCGACAACCCUCGAUGGCCUCCUUGCGGGCCCACUCGCCCAACGCCUCGCAAGGUGCGAAACACACUCACCGAGUGUUGAACCGAGGUUACCACCAUUUACGCAGUCCCGCCUGCAACCAGCAGGAUCAGCCACAAGACAGCCGACGCAGGGAAAAUUCGCCUCAAUCGCAAUCGAGUAGCAACGGCUCCCAGCACCCCACGUCCACGGCCUCUGCUGGCCUGACUACGACCAGUAAUGCCUACAUCCACCUGCGGAAUCUCAACAAGCUCAAAUCGGAGUCAGCGUACGCGAAUCACCAGGCUCCGAGUAAUGAGCAGCAGCAUCUACAGGCGGCCAAUAAUGGGGAGAUCGAUCUGAGGUCCUCGGUCGGCCCGGGAGCUGACAACUACCUCAACCCGGCCCAUUACUCGGGCUAUGAGGAGCCAGCGGAUUACCACGGCCUCGGUGGCCACGAGCACCAUCCUGGCCACCCCUACGGCCUCGACGGCUCGCCCGAGUUUUACGGCCAGGCCAGUGGCAUGCAACUCGAGCCCAAAUACCAACCACCGCCCUUCAAGAGCUACUCUCGUGACAACCAAGUGGAAAGUAGAGAUGAAGGAAAAGUAAUAAAUGUAGUAAAGAAGAAUGAAGAAAUGAUAAAAACUAAGUUGAUAUUGUGA